AUGUCCCCGUGGCCUUUUGACAAUUCACAGGAUCUCGUGGGGUCCACUUCUUAUCAGAAUUACUCUGUACGAAUUCGAAGAAACGUUUUGAACAGCCAUCGUUCGGCGGACGAGUAUGACAAGAGAGAAAUUACUGGUAUCCCAAACGUGCAAUGGCAUGCCGUGCAAUGCAACGAGGAUCCAAUCGCAGCACCACAGCCAUCCCCUCGACGCCUGAUCCCUUUACUCGCUUUUGUCAUCCCAACCUCCAUCUCCACUCAUCAGUAUUCUGACUGUUUGUAUUCUGCUAGAAUACUAUAUAACGCCCAGCUGCUCGUCUAG